ACAAAAACAAACAGAGCGAGAGGGGGCAGAGACGCUCUGAGGCGGCGGCAGAAGCUGAGCUGUGGGGUCUGGGCCAGCGGACCAGGGACCUGGGCGAGCAGCGGCGACGGCGGCGGCCCGAGGGAUUCCAAGGGAAGACUUCCAUUAGUAAUUUAAUCAGUGCAAGUGACAUUAAAGAACAAUGGAUAUAGAAAAUGAGCAAAUACUGAAUGUAAACCCCACAGAUCCUGAUAAUUUAAGCGACUCUCUCUUUUCUGGUGAUGAAGAAAAUGCUGGGACUGAAGAAAUAAAAAAUGAGAUAAAUGGAAAUUGGAUUUCGGCAUCCUCCAUUAAUGAAGCUAGAAUUAAUGCCAAGGCAAAAAGGCGCCUGAGGAAAAACUCAUCCCGGGACUCUGGCAGAGGCGAUUCAGUCAGUGAUAAUGGAAGUGAAGCCCUUAGAAGUGGAGUAACUGUACCAACCAGUCCAAAGGGAAGGUUGCUAGAUAGGAGAUCCAGAUCUGGGAAAGGAAGGGGACUACCAAAGAAAGGUGGUGCAGGAGGCAAAGGUGUCUGGGGUACACCUGGACAGGUAUAUGAUGUGGAGGAGGUGGAUGUGAAAGAUCCUAACUAUGAUGACGACCAGGAGAACUGUGUUUAUGAAACUGUAGUUUUGCCUUUGGAUGAAACAGCAUUUGAGAAGACUUUAACACCAAUCAUACAGGAAUAUUUUGAGCAUGGAGAUACUAAUGAAGUUGCGGAAAUGCUAAGAGAUUUAAAUCUUGGUGAAAUGAAAAGUGGAGUACCAGUGUUGGCAGUGUCCUUGGCAUUGGAGGGAAAGGCUAGUCAUAGAGAAAUGACAUCUAAGCUUCUUUCUGACCUUUGUGGGACAGUAAUGAGCACAAAUGAUGUAGAAAAAUCAUUUGACAAAUUAUUGAAAGAUCUACCUGAAUUGGCACUGGAUACUCCUAGAGCACCACAGUUGGUCGGCCAGUUUAUUGCUAGAGCUGUUGGAGAUGGAAUUUUAUGUAAUACCUAUAUUGAUAGUUACAAAGGAACUGUAGAUUGUGUACAGGCUAGAGCUGCUCUGGACAAGGCUACUGUGCUCCUGAGUAUGUCUAAAGGUGGAAAGCGCAAAGACAGUGUGUGGGGUUCUGGAGGUGGGCAGCAGUCUGUUAAUCACCUUGUUAAAGAGAUUGAUAUGCUGCUGAAAGAGUAUUUACUCUCUGGAGACAUAUCUGAAGCUGAACAUUGCCUUAAGGAACUGGAAGUACCUCAUUUUCACCAUGAGCUUGUAUAUGAAGCCAUUGUAAUGGUUUUAGAGUCAACUGGAGAAAGUACAUUUAAGAUGAUUUUGGAUUUAUUAAAAUCUCUUUGGAAAUUUUCUACCAUUACUCUAGACCAAAUGAAAAGAGGUUAUGAGAGAAUUUACAAUGAAAUUCCAGACAUUAAUCUGGAUGUCCCACAUUCAUACUCUGUGCUUGAGCGAUUUGUAGAAGAAUGUUUUCAGGCUGGAAUAAUUUCCAAACAACUCAGAGAUCUUUGUCCUUCAAGGGGCAGAAAACGUUUUGUAAGUGAAGGAGAUGGAGGUCGUCUUAAACCAGAGAGCUACUGAAUAUAAGAACUCUUACAGUCUUAGAUGUUAUAAAAAAAAUAUAUAAAUAUAUCUGAAUUAUAAGAGUUGUUAGCACAGGUUUUUUUUUUUGUUGUUUUUUUGGGUUUUUUUGAAGCACUUGUUUGGGGUACAAGGCGUUUCUGAAAUUUUAUAAACUUACAAUUUAAGGGGAAUUUUUAAAGGAAGUGUUUUCUUUUUAUCUUUUUCUUUUUUUUCAUUUGAGGGUGUUAAGGAGGGACAGAAGAGUAACCACUUCUUAAGUGGAAUAUUCUCAUAAGCUACCUUUUGUAAGUGCCAUGUUUAUGACCUAAUCAUUCCAAGUUUUGCAUUGAUGUCUGACUGCCACUCCUUUCUUUCAAGGACAGUGUUUUUGUAGUAAAAUCACUGGUUUAUACAAAGCUUUAUUUAGGGGGUAAAGUUAAGCUGCUAAAACCCCAUGUUGGCUGCUGCUGUUGGAAUACUGUGCUUUGGGAGUAAAAAAAAAAAAAAAAAAAGUUAUUUCUCUGUCUUAAAGAAUUUUAAGAAAAUGAGUUAGUCAUAAGACUUAUUCAUUUUUCCAGGGAACAUAUUGAUUGGUCUUAAAGACUAGACAGUUAAAUAAAUGGUGGCUGGAACAUCUAUUUUUCUACAAAACUGGAAAAAUGAACCCGGUUCUUAAAAGAAUGUAUGACAAAAUAAAACAUGUGAAGCAGUGUUGAUUCUUUAUUGGGAGUACAUAUAUUUUAGGUCUUUUUAAAAACUUUUACACAGCAAAUUUUAAAUCCUGUAAGGGAGCAUAUUUGAACCCAGUGAAUUUAAAUUUUGUUCUUUGCAAACUUUUAAAAAGUACAGUAGUAAAUUCUUUUAAUAUUAUCUGUGGGAAAUGCAUACAUACUUGUUUUUUGAUCUUCUCUAAAGCUCAGUGAUAUUUUUAAAAUAUAAUAUGUUUCAUCAUUCUUAAGUUCUGUUACCAACUAAUGUUUAUGUUACAAAAAAUUAUUCUUCAGAGACUCAAAAAGUUUUUACAUUUGUCCAGUGUCUGAAAAGAUAGUAGCUACCAAUAAAUAGUUCUGUUCUUAUCAGUUUAAUAAUAGUUCUCUAAAGAAUGAUCACAUUUCUAACCUCUUUUGCAGAGCCUAAUUACUCAGCAAGGCCUCCAAGUCUAUGCUAAUUUAAAUUGUCUAUUACUGAUUGUAGCAACCAGCCAAGAAUUAUAUUCAGAUUAACAAACAUAUUCUUAGGAAUAUGCCCAUUACAGGUUUAGGCAGUCUCUUAGAACUAAAACCCCAAAUUUAAUGUUCAUAUUUAUCUCAUGGGCUCUUUCAAGUCCAUAUUUUUUUCUAUUUUUAGGGUUUUAAUUGUGUUUGAUACCUGGAUGAUAAAGAUAGCCCGGUAAUUCUUUAGUCCUUAAAGUCAAUAUCAUUAAAAGCUCAGGGGACUACUUGAUAAGUGAAGGUUUCUUAAAAAUCAUAUUUGUUUAAGAAAUACAGUCUUGUCAUUACUGGUAGGACCAGCUGGUCAGGCAAAAUAGCCUUAAAUAUGAAACACAAAAUUCAUAAACAAGUUUUAAAAUUAGAUAAUAAUGUAAAAGCCCCAAAACGCUUUGUACGAGAUUAGAAUGUAUCUUCAAGUUGUUUUUAAUAAACAUGUAAAGAUUAUCUGAAUAUAAAAGUUGCAUUUAGUCACUUGUGCCUAAGAAUGUUAUCUGUGAGUCUUAACAGUAAUAGGAAUGGUGAAACAGUAAUUUACAGUUCUAAAAACUUGGGUAAAAAAAAAAACAAUAAAAUUUGGGUUCAAUUUUUUAA